UUGUUAGAUGAUAUUUUAUCAACUUGAAAUUUAGAAGGCAGUUUUUGUCAACAUCUUAAUCAUCUCUGAAUUGGACUAAAAGAUUUAGUUGUUUUCUCAAGUUUCAACUUGAUUUUUAUUAGUAACUCUGGCUUUGUACCAACAACUGGUGUAUAUAUAUAAACAAAAAAGAACAAUUUUUACACUUAUGCAUUGAGUAUUGAGUCCCAUCCACCUAGUGGUACUUAAACAGAGAGGUUAGAGAUAAUUCUAACUUGGAAAAUUGGUUUGAAAUGACCCUUGACACAUCCCACCAAACAAAAUCAGCCAAUCCCUCUUCUUUUAGUUGAUAUCAGCACUGUUUUUGGAGGAAGCUGAUAAGGUAUUUUGCCAAAAGUUAACCUCAAGCAGUAAUAUCUGAAUGCAAUAAAUUGCCUCAACGGAGAAUGAGGGAGGUUGAUCUUGGUGCACAUACUAUCAGAUCUCAUGGAGCAAAAGUGGCAAAGAACCAUAUGCAUGACUGGCUUAUAUUACUACUACUUGGUGCUAUAGAGAUUGUUCUCUAUAUCAUCCAUCCUUUUUAUCGUUACGUCGGAAAAGAUAUGAUGCAAGACCUUAAGUAUCCGUUCCAAGACAACACAGUGCCUACAUGGUCUGUCCCGUUGUAUGCAGUUUUGUUGCCUAUUGCCAUUUUUUUAUUUUUCUAUAUGAGAAGGAGAGAUGUUUAUGAUCUGCACCACAGCAUUUUAGGCCUGCUAUUUUCUGUGUUGAUUACUGCUGUCAUUACGGAUACAAUUAAAAAUGCCGUUGGCCGACCCCGACCAAAUUUCUUUUGGCGUUGCUUUCCUGACGGAAAGGAAUUCUAUGAUCAGCUGGGAGAUGUAAUAUGUCAUGGAAAGGACAGUGAUAUAAAGGAAGGACAUAAGAGUUUUCCAAGUGGCCAUACUUCAUGGUCGUUUGCAGGAUUAGGUUUUUUAACAUUGUACUUGUCGGGCAAAAUUAAAGCGUUUGAUCGGAGAGGGCAUGUGGCAAAACUGUGCCUUCUUAUUUUGCCUUUACUUGCUGCUGCUCUUGUCGGCAUCUCUCGUGUAGAUGACUAUUGGCACCAUUGGCAGGAUGUGUUUGCUGGAGCAUUUUUAGGACUCGUGGUUUCUGCAUUUUGCUAUAUGCAAUUCUUCCCAGCUCCAUAUCAUGAACAAGGAUGGGGACCUUAUGCAUAUUUCCGAGCUUUGGAGGAGUCACCUUGUAAUAUAAACAACACAGAGCAGACUGGCAGUUCACUCAAUGUGCAGGCCAUGGAUGCACAGGUCGUGAAUUUACAACUCAGCCAAAACGGAGAAGGAUUUGUGUCGUUGGACGAAUUGGAAUCUGGAAGGAGAUGAACGUUGUGUAUAUGUCUUGUUCUGCUGUCGAAAUAUGUUUAUGUAGUGUGUGAUUAAUUUUUUACCAUCUAAUUUCCUGACUUUAGGUGAUAUGUACAUACACAUUGGGGAUAAUUUUUUUGCUGCCAAUACAAACAGAGUAGAAUCGCUGUUAUUUUAUUUUAUUUUAA